AUGCUAGCGAAAAGAAACCUUGCCGCACAAUUGUACGUGCGUGGUUUUAGUGCCCGCGUUCUGUCUACUGUGGUGAAAAACGAGGUCCAGAAGUUUAAUGCUGCAGCCUCUGACUGGUGGACACCAAAGAGUAGAACGGGUGUGGGUCCUCUACAUCAGAUCAAUCCUGUUCGGGUCAAAUACAUUCGAAGUCACGUGAUCAUGCAUUUUGGUCACACGAAUGAUGACGAUCCCAUGCCGCUACGAGGUCUGCGAGUAGCUGAUGUCGGCUGUGGGGGUGGGAUUCUGUCCGAGUCAUUGUGUCGCAUCGGUGGCACCAUGGUAUCCAUUGACCCUGGAAAGGAGAAUAUUGCAGCAGCGACAGAGCACGCAGCUACAAGCUGCCAUACCAACAAAAUUGAGUACCGUCAGUGCACUUCUGAUGAUUUGGUAAAACAGGGUGAAAUAUUUGACGUUGUUUGCUCACUGGAAGUUAUCGAACAUGUGUCAAGUGUACCAGCAUUCUUGCAGUCACUCACACCGUUGGUAAAGCCUGGUGGCUUGCUAUUUUUGUCAUCGAUUAACCGUACGGUAUUAUCGGCGGCUUUAGCUAUUGGGGCUGCAGAAUACAUGCUGAGGAUUAUUCCUCCAGGAACGCAUGACUGGAAUAAGUUUGUGCAGCCGAGUGAAAUUGAACAUGAGUUGCGGAAGGACGGAAUUAUAGUGAAAGAUAUAUCAGCUGUGAAUUAUAUUAUGUGUGCCGUUAAGCCUUCUAUCAAGUAG